UUGGACAUGCGUAAUAGUAUUUCCGAAUUUAUUUGGCGCCAUUUAGUUUGUGUCAGCAAAACAAUAUCUUACGGUAGGGACGAGGAAAAACAAGAAAAUGCCUCCUCAACUUUCUUCCGGAUCCAUCGAGGAAAUCAUCGCUGGGAACUCGCCUGAUAACCCGAUACUGCAGAUUAUGAGUUCCAAGAAAAUCUCAGCAGGUGGAGGUGCAGACAGAUAUCGGCUGCUGUUGUCUGAUGGAAAACACAGCUACUCUCAUGCCAUGUUGGCGACGCAGUUAAACGAUUUGAUGGAACAAAAUGAGAUCGACAACCUCAGCGUCGUACAGGUCAACAAGUACCUGUGUAACACGCUACAGGGUGACAGACGAGUUAUGAUCCUCCUGGAUCUGAAGGUCGUGAAGAAGGGGUCAGAGGUCGGAGAGAGAAUCGGCAAUCCUGUACCUUUCAAGCCUGGCCAAGAAAACACUGCACCAGCACAACCGAACGGGCAGAGUGCAGUUUCUAACGGACCGGCCCAAGUGAACGGAGUCAGCAAUUCCUCCAGUAACCCCUCCAGUAACCAAUCUCCAUACAACAGAACUCUGACCACAAAUCGUUCCCCACAGAAACCAUCUGGGGGUGCCGGCAACUACAGUAUCCGGGGAGGAUCUGGCCCCUCCACCCCUGGGGCAUCUCGAGUUCACACCAUUGCAAGUCUCACCCCCUACCAGAACAGGUGGCGGAUCAGGGCUCGGGUUACCCAGAAGUCCGGGAUCCGGACGUGGAGCAACUCUCGUGGUGAGGGAAAACUAUUCAGUGUCAACUUCCUGGACGAGUCCGGGGAAAUCCGAGCUACAGGAUUUAAUGAAGCUGUCGACAGAUUCUACGAGCUCCUAGAGGUCAACAAGGUGUACUACGUCAGUCGCGCUACACUCAAGACCGCCAACAAGCAGUACUCCAACGUUCAGAACGACUACGAGAUGACCUUCAACCCUGACUCCCAGAUUGAAAUCUGUAAUGAGGAAUGCAACCUCCCAACCAUGACCUUCGAAUUCGUCCAAGUUAAUGAACUGGACAAACAUCAGGCAAACGCUAUUAUUGAUGUAGUGGGCGUGGUCAAGGUGUGUCAGGAUCUCUCCACUGUUGUUGGACGACAAAGUCAGAAGGAGAUCACGAAACGGGAUCUGCAGAUCGUCGACCAAUCAGGGAUGGGGGUCAACCUCACUCUGUGGGGGAACGAUGCCCAGACCUUCGAUGGCAGUGGAAGUCCAGUUAUAGCUGUGAAGGGUGCAAGGCUGUCAGACUACGGAGGCCGAUCUCUGUCCGUGUUAGCCAGCAGUCAGCUGAUCGUCAACCCAGAUAUCAGAGAAGCUCACAUGCUGCGGGGUUGGUUUGAUCGAGAUGGACAAAACAUGGCCUUCGACAGCUACCGCAACGAGGGAGGCAGUGGUGGGGCAGGCAUGGCCACAAACUGGAAGACAUUCCAGCAAGUCAAGAUGGACAGCUCGGCCUCCGUGGACAAGGCGGACUACUUCACCAGCAAGGGCACUGUCGUGUUCAUGAAGAAAGACAACUGCAUGUACAAGGCGUGCCCCACUGAGCAGUGUAACAAGAAGCUGGUGGACCAGGGCAACGGCUUGUACCGCUGUGAGAAGUGUGCCCGCGAGUUCCCCAACUACAAGUGGAGGAUGAUCCUCAAUGCAAAUCUUGCCGACUACUCCGACAACCAGUGGGCCACCUGCUUCCAGGAUUCUGCCGAGGUCCUGCUGGGAGUUAAAGCUGAUGAGUUGGGAAGUCUCCAGGAUUCAAAUGAAGCCAGUUUUGACCAGGUUUUCCAAGAUGCCCUGUUCAAGUCCUACAUCUUCAAAUUCCGUGCCAAGAUGGAAAUGUACAAUGACGAGCAGCGCCUGAAGACUGUCUGUAUGUCCAGCAACCCAAUUGAUUGGACAGAAUCACGGGAAGAGGUUGAUCGUGAAAUAAACAAAUUAUCGGGUUGAACCAAGAGGCCUUAAAACCCAAUUUUCGAUGCGAUUCUCCCAUGGAGGGAGUAUGGAGGUCCAAUCAGAGCACUUCUGUCAGAAUGCCAGCAACCAUGAUUCUUGAACAGAACAAGUUACCACUUGCAAGUGAUAAAAAGCUGUGACAAUUGGCAAAUCUCAUGGACUGAACUGUUAUGGAAAUCCUUAAAUAAUGUUGCCAUGGUUACUGAAGGGAAUCCAUCCUAAUGACUGUUUUCAAAGGCUCUGUGGAGUGUAUAUAUACGACCAAUUAUUCCUGACAUUUUGCCAGUGUAUAUAGAUCAUAUGUGUAAAGAUUGAAACAUGUAUUGAAAUGACUGUUUUGUUAAUUUACAAGUGCUCAUAUACAUCACUCAAAUCGCAAAACAUUGUGAUGAGAAAUGUGGACAACCCUUAAAGUACCGUUUAUGUAGAAAUCCUAGUGCUACUCAACCAAAAUUACCAUGUUGGAAAUCAGAAAUUCAUUCUUUCAGUGAAAUCUAAACUUGUUUUGUACAACAAAACCAGUUUUAAGACCCUAUGGAGAUAUUCUUCAUAAAUCGUUAAUUGGAAUAACACCAGAUGUUUUGAGCAUAUAUUUUCAUUUCUUUAUGAUGUAUCCAUUAGAUGGGGAAUAAACCAGAACUC